AUGCCACUUGAUCCACUGAGGAACCGUAAAGACUUGGUUUCGCCAAAGCGACUUUGUUUUGCUUGUCAUGCCAAGCCUGCGAACCUUUCUGAUUUAAAUAAGGUGGUUGAAGAGCCUUCCUCGAACAAUCCUUCCAUUUCCAUACUUCAACUUCCUCUAGACAUCGAUCCUUCCAUACUUCACGAUUACCCAGUCCAAAAUGACCCUGAUCUGGUAACAACUAUUGAGGCUUUAUCUGGCCUUUCACCGAACCUUACACCACAGUGCUCCGACCACGAAUGUUGUGGUGAUUAA